CAUGGCCACAGAACAAAGGUCGAGUAACUUCCCGCACUUACGCUAGGUAAGCGUAUCAUUUUUUUUUCUCGCUCAUCGGAACUCUCUACUCGUACGCCCGGCUAUCGAACAAUUCGUGCGUUUCACAUUUAACCGAUUUUUUUUUGGGCUCUCAUCCUUUGUUCUGAAAAUCAGCAUGCCGCUCAGCGACCAGCCAGAAACAAUGGCCGUCAACGUAACUCGAGUCGCUGUUAAGCCUCCGCCGUUUUGGAAGCCGAAUCCGACGUUAUGGUUCGCGCAACUCGAGGCACAAUUUGCCAUCUCCGGGAUAUCCGCAGACUCCACAAAAUUCAACCACGUGAUUUCAGCAAUCGAGUCCGAGGUGCUCAACUCAGUUAGUGACUUAAUUCUACACCCACCGGCCAGCGAAAAAUACGAGGCCCUCAAAAAACGUCUCAUUGAGCUACACUCGGAAAGUCAAGAAUCAAAGAUUCGCACACUCCUGCAAGGCUUGGAGUUAGGAGACCAGCGCCCGUCACAACUGUUAAAUCGUAUGCGUGCUCUCGCCGGCGAGGCGGUUGGGGAACCACUAUUAAAGUCCUUGUGGCUAUCAAGAUUACCAGCGAACACUCAAAGUAUUCUUGCCGCGCUAAGCGAGGACCUACCCCAACUAGCUACGAUAGCCGACAAAAUCUCGGACCUAACCAUCACGCAAAGUGUAAAUUCCACCUCGAGUCAACAGUUAACGCACCCAUCCUCAUUAGAAUUCCAAAUUGAGCAGCUUACCAAUCAAGUAGCAGAAUUAUCGGCCAUAGUGCAUCGUGAGCGACCACGUGAGAGGAAUAAUCGUCCAACGUUCCACUCCCGAAAUCGUAGCCAGUCCCGAGGCCGUUACCGCCAGUUCAAAGAACCGAUGAACAAUCAAUGCUUUUACCACACCAACUUCGGAGAGAGAGCCAGGAAAUGCACACCUCCCUGCUCUUUUCAGCCGUCGGGAAACUAGCAGAGCGGCCGUCUGGGGCCAACA